AUGGCUAGUCUUAGCUACUAUUCCAACUCCAACUCCAACUCCAACUUGGAACCAAAUAUGCAACAACUCAACGACUUUCUUUUUGAUUUCAACUAUGACCAUAGCUUUCCUAAACCAGAGACUUGCUAUUUCGAUCCAUUUUUUGACUCCAACCCAGCAGUGGAACCAAAUUAUAGCUCUUGUUUCGUGCCAGAAAUCCAAGAAUACUCUGAUUUUCAGAUGAGCAAUCCAAAACGGCAAAAAGUCUUUCAAUUCGACAACUGCCAUCAUCAAGAUAUAAUAACUCAGGGUAAUUUGUCCAAUGGGCAAAUCUAUCAAGAUUUCUCUUCGUUUUCAUUUCCAGAAAAUAUUCCUACGCCACAGCUGGAGUACUUUCCGAGUCCGCCUAUUUUUAGCAGCAGUUCUCAUGAUCAGGUGGUUGAGAAGAAUGAGAAGAAGAUGUCUGCACAGAGCAUAGCGGCGAGACAAAGGAGAAAGAAGAUUACUGAGAAAACGCAAGAAUUAGGGAAGCUGAUACCUGGGGGACAUAGGAUGAACACUGCUGAAAUGCUUCAAGCUACUUUCAAGUAUGUUAAGUUCUUGCAAGCCCAAGUUGGACUUCUUGAAUUCAUGGGAUCACAUCAGGAGAAUGGGAAAUCAUAUGAAACACCAGAUUUGCAAAAACUUGUGGGAUCGUCCUUGAUUCAGGAGAAGUUGUACUCAAGUGACAAUUGCUUGGUUCCCAAAGUGUUCCUUGAAGAGCUAGACAAGAAUCAUGAAUUCCAACAUUCACAAGGCCUUGACCAAGUCAAGAAAUUGAUUAGAUGA